AUGGAAUACGUCCGCCGUCUGACAAAUACCUGGAACUCGAUCAAUCCAGCGACAUUAUCUGGCGCAAUCGACGUAAUCGUAAUCGAAGACGCUGAGAAGAACCUGUCUUGCUCGCCGUUUCAUGUCCGUUUUGGCAAAUUCUCCCUGCUCCGUCCUUCUGAGAAGAAGGUGCUGUUCAAAGUCAAUGGCGACGCUGUUGAUUUCAAGAUGAAGCUGGGUGAGGGAGGAGAGGCUUUCUUCGUGUUCGAGACAGAGUCCGAGGUUCCGAAGGAGUGGCAGACUAGUCCGGUGUUGAGUGCGAUAGGUAGUCCGACGCAAAGUCAGAAAGAUGCCGACGAAGAGGCAGCGAACAUGUCGGAGCCGGAUGAUUUUGAUCUGGAUAAACCCGCGACACCACCAACAACAGCAUCACCAGAUCCGAUUAGGCAGCGUCCAACAAGUGGCGACUGGUCCGGCUCCCCGGCAACACCGCCGUUGAGCGCUACAAGGCCAGAACGAAGCAAGACGAUUGGCAAUGGACAGAUCUCACAACGGCCACGUCUUGAUGCUCGUCCUUCAAGUCAAGUAAGCAUUGAGCGUGCACGUCAAUUAAGAGAGCGCCUCUCCGAGAAGAACAUUCUGUCUGAGGUCACCCAAACCGGGGACGUGAUGCUCGACAUGCACGGUUACAAGGCCUCCCUCUCCGACUCGAUCGAAGCCGAGCGCGAGGUACGCCGUAUCUUGGAAGAAGAACUGAAGGGAGAAGGAGGCACGGAAGUUGAUAUUGAGUCACUCGUUGGAGCUGAUCGUGAGGGUAACCUAUGGAUCUACGCAAGUGAGGAGGCAAAGGAGGACGCGGAGCAGAGAAAGUACCCGAGGAGCGAAAGCGAUGAACAGACAAGCGAUGAUGCCAUCAGCAUUGGCAGGGCAAGAUCAGAAGGACUGUCGACACCGCCCCCGCUCUCGCCUCCGCGAAGUCGUGAUACAUCUCCAUCACCCGACACUAAAGACGGCCGACACCGGUCAAACUAUGCCAAGACCCUCCGUUUAACCUCGGAACAACUACGAAGCCUUAACCUCAAGCCAGGCAUGAACCCAAUCUCAUUCACCGUCGUCUCGUCCUACAAAGGCAAUGCAACAUGUAACGCCAACAUCUUCUAUUGGUCAUACAGUGUACCAGUAGUCAUCUCCGACAUCGACGGUACGAUUACGAAGUCGGAUGCGCUUGGGCAUAUCUUUACGAUGGUUGGUCGCGAUUGGACACAUCCCGGUGUUGCCAAGCUGUACACGGAUAUUGCGAAGAAUGGGUAUAACAUCCUCUACCUGACCUCCCGAAGUGUCGGUCAAGCCGAUGCGACAAGAGCAUACCUCAAGAGUAUCGAGCAGACCGGGAUCAAAAUGCCGGAUGGACCCGUCAUCAUGAGUCCUGACCGGACAAUGGCGGCGUUGAAGAGGGAAAUGAUCCUCAGGAAACCGGAAGUGUUCAAGAUGGCCUGUUUGAAGGAUAUCAGGCAUUUGUACGGUGAGGGGAGUAAUCCAUUCUACGCUGGCUACGGAAACCGUAUCACGGAUGCGUUAUCGUACCGAAGCGUCGGAAUUCCCAGUUCGCGGAUCUUUACCAUUAACUCGACUGGAGAGGUACGAAUGGAGCUCCUCGAACUGGCAGGAUACAGGUCAUCCUAUAUCUCGAUCAAUGACCUCGUGGAUCACUUUUUCCCGCCUGUGGUGGCAGCACUACAAGCAGAGUACACGGACGUUAACUUCUGGAGGGAACCCAUUCCGGAUCUUCCUCUUAGUGACGAAGAAGAAAGCGAGGAAGAGGAUGACGACGACGAAGGGAGUUAUGAUGAGGGAGGGAAAGGAGAUGAGAGUUAUGAAGCGGAUGAUGAUUUGCGCUUGAACCUGCGGUCGAAACUGUCACCUUCCCAUGCCGUGGAUUCGCACAGGCAUAAGCGACCGGCGGCUAAAUGGACUUCAAAGGCGCUAGUUGCGGCCCCGGAUUCGCGCGCCCUGACAGAGCCGGAGGCCCCUCGGGGACCGGGCGCGAUUUCCUUCCUCGGUGCGCAAACAACAAAUCCGCGGCCGGAAAAUCGGGAUUGUCCCCUCUUUUUUAUUGUUGGUGCUCGAGUCAUGGCGAUGUCAUAUAAAAUAUCGGCAACGGUAGUCCCGCCAGAUGUCUGUCACUGA